CAGUUCCCGCAGGAGGCCGCCGGGGGCGCCAUGGAGCCGGAGCCGCCAUUACCAGGAAGUGAGAGGCGCAGGGAGGCCGCUGUCUGACCCCCGGGCCGGGGUAACAUGGCGAUGCCCGUCCCCUGCCAGCCGCUGCCCACCGUCCUGGUGUCGGUCCGGGCCAGCCGGGAGGUAGCGGGGAGCGGCCGGGACAACGUGCAGCUGCAGCUCAGUGUGGAGACAGAGGGCGCCGGGGAUUUCCGCCUGUCCGUGCUGAGGAGCGAGAGGGGCGGCACGGUGGUCGGGGACUUUAAGCUGGGAGAUCUCUCCUAUGAGCUGAAGAACAGCAGAUGCCACGAGCUGUCGGUCCUGGGAAUCCCUGGCUGCACGAUGACCUUUCACUUUGAUGACGAGCGAGAAGCGCAGAAGUGGUGGACAGUGGUGAGCAGCUCGCUCCGAGAAGUCAGGAAAGUUGGGCAGAGUCGGGGGAUAACUUUGGCAACAAAACCCCCAUUACCCAAUAAACCUCAGGUUGCACUGGAAACCCCAGAAGCAGAACCUCUUAUAACCCCGACAGCGCUGUGCACAAAAGAGGAUUUGGUGAUGCGGCUCAGCAGAUCCAUAGAGAGUGGGGAUCAGAAAAUGGCUGCUCAGUACGCCGUGGAGUUGGCGAGACAAAGAAUUCCUGUUCAGAUCCAGCUAAAGCAGAUCUGCUACCCGAAGAAUGAAAUCUGCAUGAAGGUCGGUGUGGAAGAUGCGUCGGCGUCUGUGAAUAUAUCGGUGCCUGUGUACGCUCACACUACUAUCGCCAUGCUGAAGCAGCAGAUAUUCCGCGAUUAUCAGUUUCACCCCAGUAUUCAGCGCUGGAUUAUUGGUCAGUGCCUCUGCUCCAAUGACCGGACAGUUGGCUCUUACGGAAUCCGGCAGGAUGGCGACACAGCGUUCCUGUACCUGCUGGGUGCAAAGCAGGUCAAACUGACGCCGGAGGACCAGUACACAAACAGUAUUUACCAGCCGCCCCCCAUUGUCCCUGCUCUGAGCAGGGAUGACCUGAAAUACAAAACCUUGCCCAACCGGCCAACCCCAAAUCAUGUGUCAUACGAUUGCCGGCCUGGGAACGUGGAUGCAUCCCGCAUUUUACAGCUGGAGUUCCCGCUUUUAACUAUGAACCCAAAACCUCAGGUCCCAGCGGCGCCCCCCUCCCCUGCACAGCCGGGCUGGCCGUGUCCUGUAUGCACCUACAUCAAUAAACCCACCCGCCCCGGCUGUGAGAUGUGCAGUGAGGACCGUCCAUCUAAUUAUGUGGUGCCAGAGGAAUAUAAGCCAGACGAGACGGAACGGAGGAGGCUUCAGCAGGAGAAAGACAGUUUCCAGCAGUACAAGAAGGUACGUUACAUGCUACUAACCCUACUGUAUAACACGUUACCAAUAUACAGAUGUGCCCACAGACGCCACGGCUCAAAGCGUGCCAAAUAGCCCCGCUUGGUGCGC